AUGCAGAUUGCCAAAUUCCCCCAUGAAUCGGUAGCUCUUACGUCCGGUUCAGACCUCGUCUCCCACUUCACACUCAGUAACACCUCGAGCGGCUCACCCAAAGAAAAGGCGUUCUGUCGCGUCUGCGGGACCCCACUGUGGACAGCCCCCGCAUCAGCCCAGGGGCAGUUUCUCCUCAUCCGGACGAGUCUCCUGGAUGGUGGAUCCAACCUGACGCCGGAGGCUGAAAUAUUUGUGAAGUCACGGCCCGCUUGGCAACACGCGGUGGACGGAGCUGUUCAAUGGGAGGGUAUGAGAAGAUAA